AUGUUUAAUACCAAGAUUUUUGACGGUGGUUCCGGCACAGCGUCCGCAACAGCAACUGCUGUGAAUAUUCCACUAAAUAACAAUUCAUCCAAUGCCGGGUCUGGCACAUCAUUUGGACAGCAACAACUGCAGCAGCAACAUCAACAGCAACAUCAGCAGCAACAGCACAAUCAGGACCAACCACAACCGAUCGACAUCACAUUCAAUCAUCGACCAUCGAUCUUCAACAACUCACGUUUUAGAAGAGAAUCAGUAGCCCAUUCACAAGGUAUGGGUGGUAUUUCGUGGGGAUCAGUCACCAUUGGCUCUUGGUUGAAAGAUGAAGUAAUGUCGGUCAAUAUUGGCACCGGCAUGAACAAUUUUCUAAUUCCAAACAAUAAUCAGCACAAUCACCACCACAACCACCAUCACCAACAGCAACAACAACAACAACAACAACAACACCAGCAGCACCAGCAGCAGCAGCAGCAGCAACAGCAACUGAGCCAUCACAAUACGCAACUGUCGCACGGAAACCACCAAAAUUUGAUUAAUCCACGUAGGGGGUCUUUCCGUACUGCCUUUCACCCUGGCAUGUCGCCGCAACAACAAACCUCGUACUUGCCUGAUUUGGAAGCUGAUUAUUGUAAGGAUUACAAUUGUUGUGGCGAGCUAUUGCCUACAUUGCAUGAUUUAUUACGACAUUAUGAAGAAGCACACAUACUGGCAUCUCCACCAGUAGAUACCACUCAGAAUUUGCUAAACAAUAACCGCAAUCGUAACAACUACAAUAAUAUCCACAAUGUUAUGGAAACAGUUUCAACGACGGACGUUUUCCUCAAUAACCAUCACAAUCAAGGAAUCGAUAUAACUAAAGGGUAUGAUAACGGUGGCAACUACCAAUUCAAUAGCACUACGGAUACACAACUUCUACAACAACAAAAUCAGAACCAGAACCAGAACCAGAACCAGAGCCAGAGCCAGAGCCAGAGCCAGAAUCCACAGCAGCGCAACCAUAACCAUCUUCAACAUCAACAACUCGAACAACAACAAGGCCUGAAUCUACAGCAAAACCAACAACAAUCGCAACUGCAAUUUGGCAAUGGACAACAAACAAAUCAACAAUCUCCACUCAGCCCAUCACAAGGAGAAGACACUGCCAUGCAAAUCGAUGACGACGACGUGUACAUAGACGAUCCAGCACGUCACUUGUACAUGAUGGAAGAAGAGAAUAAACCGUUCAAGUGUCCAGUUAUCGGCUGUGACAAGACGUACAAGAACCAAAAUGGGUUGAAGUACCAUCGUGCUCAUGGUCAUCAAGGACAAAGUCUACGCGAGAACCCCGAUGGUACGAUAUCGAUAAUUGACCCCGAAUCUAACACUCCGUAUUUGGACAAUUCUGCAUUGGAGAAGGAUAAGCCUUAUCGAUGCGAGGUUUGUGGAAAGAGGUAUAAAAACCUUAAUGGGUUGAAGUACCAUCGUGGUCAUACUACACAUUAA